AUGACUAGGCCUCAAAUGGUCCGAGCAGAUACCUUGGACCUCCAAGAUGAAGACAAUCCUUCCGCCAAAGAUCAUACCAAACAAUCCGAACAUCCAGAUCCUCUUGGGAGCGGCCGGCCUGCUUCCCAUCAAGAGCUUUCUACUCGUCAUGCCGAACAAGAUUCACAAGCGGAGAUUAAGGGCGGAUCAGACAAAAAUCACAAAAACCGCGGUGACAAGGAGGUGUAUCGAGAAACAGAUGACGAGGAAGAUGACGAGGAUGAAAAUCACUACGAUCAUGAAGAUGGCGACCUGGCAGACGGUGAAAGCGACGAUAUGAUGGACGAUGACAUGAUGGAUAAAAUCUCCAGUUCGCCAUCUAUCGAUGAUGAGGAUAUCGAUUUUGAGUUUGUAUAUGCGCUUCAUAACUUUGUCGCGACGGUCGAUGGGCAAGCAAAUGCAGCAAAGGGUGAUACCAUGGUUCUUCUUGACGACAGCAACAGCUACUGGUGGCUUGUGCGCGUGGUGAAGGAUGGCAGCAUUGGUUACCUCCCUGCGGAACACAUCGAAACACCAACCGAAAGGCUUGCCAGAUUGAAUAAACACAGAAACGUAGAUCUGUCGGCGACCAUGUUGGGUGACAAUAAUGAGAAGUCAAAGAAUCCUCUGAAGAAGGCCAUGCGCCGUCGAAAUGCGAAGACCGUCAACUUCGGGGCCCCGACGUACAUCGAAGCCUCCGACGUCGAAUACUCAACAGACGAAGAUUCCGAACACGGCGACUUUUUCAACGAUGACGAGACUCUGGACGGAGAAGAUGAAGAUGGGCAAGAGCAAGCUGAAGAUAUUGUUGUGGAACCUCUAAGGCCCAAAUCCGGGAGAGAAAACCUCACAGAGUAUGCCAAUGCCAACGGUUCAGAAAGACGAAAUUUGCAGCGUUCAGGCUCUGAUCGACGCCCAUCUAGUGAAGAGCUCUUCGAGGCUGAAGGUAAACCCACUCAUUCCAACUGCUCUCGAAUCGUACUUGGUACUCACUUCUACCAAGCAGAACCCACUGUCAGUAGAUCCAGAAAUGGCACUGUACGGAACACCGAUUCCUUCUUCAAUGACGACACGGCCGAGCCCAAGAAGAUUUCUCUCACACCAAAUCUCCUGCGCGAUAAUCGCGAUGAAAACGGCACAAACACCUUGGCUGAGUGGAAAGAGCCUCGUGGAAGCUUUGAGUCGAUCGAAAAGGGCUCUAACCCACAGGACAAAUUCAAAGACAAGGAAGAUAAGAGACGAAAAGAAAAGAAACCUGGAAUGCUCAGCGGGUUAUUCAAGCGCAGGAAGAGCAAAGAUGACACUGAAGACCCAGAGAGGUCUUCUGUAGAAUUGACAUCCCGCACGUCACCAUCACCCAAGACCUCGAUGGACUCUAUCUCGUCAAAGUCUGUGUCCCCCGAACAACAGCGGCCAUCCAAGCCGCAGAAACACUCGAUCAACAAGCUACACAAACAGCCACCAGGGAUCUUGAAGGUUGAUCCAGUCCUUGACCCUACGAUGGCCGAGUUCUCUGGGGGCAACGAGGCCAUCAACCAGAGUCAGGGCAGCAAAAGUAUUCGACAGGUGCCAUUGCAGGAAGAAAGAGAAAGCAGCUACGAAGACUGCGAAAUUGUGUUGCAAUCGCCUAUUAGCCAAUCGAGUGCUUCCAAAGACCCCUUUGCUAGUCCGCUCGACUCCAAGGACCCCUUGGAAUCGCCUGUUGAUCGACCAUCUAGUGAAGCCCAAUGGAGAGAACCCAAUGACGCAGGCUGUAUUGGAUCCACGUCCGUUACAUCUCCACCCCAGAAAUUCGUCCCUACGCUGGUGGCUAGAGAUGAAUCGGAAUCCCCUGUCAAUAUUUCUCCCGUGGAGGCUUACUCCCCCGUGAGCGCCCGCGACUCAACAAACAAUGUCUCUCCUCAGGAAGUUCGCUCUCUCUCGCCACCGUCUUCGCCAUCAUCACCCGGACAGGGCGUCAAUUACUGCAAGGGUAGCACGGCUGCUCCCGCCUCAGUCGACACUCUUUCUGUGGACACCCCAACGUGGAGCGACUCUAGUCUACGAUCAUACAUGGACGAAGAAAAUGACAUUCGCGACUUGUUUAUUAUUGUCCAUGACAAAUCAAAUGUACCUCCCGCUGGCCCUGACCACCCCAUCACCGGUCGUCUCUUCAAGGAGGAAAGCAAGAGACUCAAGGAGAUGAAUAAUCAGCUUGACGGCAUGCUUGUGAACUGGAUGUCACAGCGAGCUAACAGCUCGACCUCGACUCGUGGCAUUCAGAGUCCACCAGUGUAA